AACUUGUAUAAACGCAUGAACCAAAUAUCUCACUCUUCUCUCUCUAUUCAGUCGUUUGGAGAAGAUGAUGUCCUCGUCGUCAUCGGCGGCGUCGGCGUGGGUGGCGACGACGUCGGUGUCGGCGUCGGGGAAGAGAAUUCAGAGAGAAAUGGCGGAGCUUAACAUGGAACCUCCUCCCGACUGCUCCGCCGGCCCCAAGGGCGACAAUCUCUACCACUGGGUCGCCACCAUCAUCGGCCCUCCCGGGACACCAUAUGAAGGUGGUAUAUAUUUCCUUGACAUCACUUUUCCCUGUGAUUAUCCAUUUAAACCUCCAAAGGUUGUAUUCAAGACGAGAAUUUACCACUGCAAUGUUGAUGAUGCCGGGAAUGUUAGUUUGAAAAUCUUGAAGGAUGGCUGGAGUCCAGCUCGAACAAUUACAAUGGUGCUAUCUGCAAUCCGAUUGAUUUUCACGGAGCCUGACCCUUAUAAUCCUCUUGUUCCGGGUAUUGCUCACUUGUAUUUGGCAGAUAGAGCUAAACACGACGAAUUAGCUGCUGAGUGGACGCUGCGAUUUGCCAGAUGAAUCCUAUAUCUUUGUGUGACUUGCUUAUCUUCUAAGAACAUCAUUUUACAACAAUUUUGUAAAUAUAGAACCUAUCAACUGAUGGGUCUAAUUGUAAGCUUAAUGCUCCACUGCAUUUGUACUCGUUUCGGAAUCAAUGUACAUAUCUGAUAUUUCGAUCUUAAA